AGGGGCAAGCGAUUUACAGCAAUUGAGAGGGUAUCCGCUGGCAAUUUACAGCAGUGGGGAGGGCGGGGAAGGCAAUAGGACCGAUAGGCACUCACGGAGCGGCCACCUAGGAUCGUAGGGAGAGGUGCGACCGUCCACAUUCUCCUCUACUACCCCUCUCUGGACUGUUGAUCGAUCACGAGGUGUCAGAGUUGGUAUCCCGGCAGGUGCGUCAUCAUGUCUUCCGGAGGUGGAUCGGAGUCCCAGCCGGCUCGCGCAGCAGACAAGCGAGUGGUGAAGACGACGACCACGACGACCACGCGCAAGUACCGAUCGGGAUCCGGAGGUGGGGUGGAGGUCUCGACUACCUCCACUUCCGUCUCAACUUCCACGUCAGCGGGGGACAGACCGGGUGCCAGGCCGUCGCUCUUCGACGAGGAGGAGUGGGACAGGCCGUCGCUCUUUGCGUCCUCUGGAGAGCCUAGCACCUCCCGCAGAGGUGGGUGGUUCUCCACUUCUCCUCCUCGGUCUCCAUCUCCUUCUUCUUGGAAAUCUCUCUCGUCUUCCUCUUCCUCUUCUAAGAAGUCGUCUCCUUCGUCAAGUCCGGACUGGGAUUUCGGAUCCGAUUCCGGCCUGGACGAGGAGAAUCACGUGGUGGGCACCGUCCCGAUGUUCAACGAAGAGAGGGGUACAGGAUUGGAAGGUUUAGCGAAGUUUCUCCUCCAUUUCACCGAAGAUGCAGGCAAUCCCGGUGGACAGAGGGAGCGUAGCAGCAGCAGUACCAGCGGCAUCAGUGCUGGCAGACGGAGGAAGAUGACCAAUUGCGGCUGUGCACGUGUAGGCGAUCGUACGGGCGCAAUUCCCCGCCUACCCGGAAUAGAUGACCUAGCAAUUUCCAAGCCCUCACAGGAAGUGAUUUGCUCGAUCUGCUUGGAGGUGUUUCGUAAUCCAGUGAUCACUGUUCCUUGUGGACACGUGUUUUGCCGUGAUUGCAUAGUCAGGAGUCUUGAUGAGGUGGACGAGGUGUGCCCGGCGUGUAAGACUCCGCUGUCGUUGUCCAGCAGCAGUGCAUUUCCUCCUGCGCGAACAGCUCAGGCAAUCAUCGACGACAUACGGGUUCGGUGCGUGAACGGCGUCUGGUACAACACCACAGAGGACAAAUUCGAAGAGCUGAAGUCGAGAGAAAGGUGUGAAAAGGUCAUCCAGUUUUCGCAGUUGCAGAGCCAUGCACGUGUCUGUCCCUAUAGGCUAAUUAGAUGUCAUAACUGCAGAAGAGGAUGUACGGCUGUAAUCCGACAAAGUGCUUUAGACGCGCAUCUUGCCAAUUGCCGCUAUAAAUCCAUUUUCGAUUAACUUUUUUUUUUGUUGUUGUCCCGGGCCCUCUCUUUUUCCCUCCCUCCUUCUUCCCCCCCUCCUUCUUCCCCACCUCUCCCCCAUCCUCUCUCCCCCCUCUCUUCCCCAUCCUCUCUCUCCUCGUCUCUUCCCUCAUUCUCAUGUCUUUUUUUUUUUUUUUUUGCAUUAUCGCCGCCGAGUUAUCUCUCUCUUCUCUGUGUAUUUUGUUAACUCUCCUCGUGGGUUGGUCGAGAUGGGUCUGCUUUUCUGGGGCAUUACCUCUUUCUGUCUCUGUGUCUCUCUCGCCCACCCCAUCUUUUGUGGCGGCAUUGCUUUCUAGGUAGGUGUAUAAUAAGGGGAGAUCAUGACUUCAUGGCAAGCUGUGAGGGAGGGAGGGAGGGAGGGAGGGGAGAGAGAAGGUUGACCUGGAGUGCGAGAGUGAGGGGUUUUAGUUUCUAUGCAGUAGAUGUUAUUUUUCGUUUUCCGCUUCCGCUUAUUGCAGGAGAAACUGAGGACGUGUUUCUCGUUAGCUCUUUCUGCGGAGGUGAAGAGUGUUCGAUCACCAGAGCACAACAAUGUAAUUCACCUUGUUGUGCCCUUUUUUUUUGUUGUUGUUGUUGCUCUGGGGUGGCAGCGGAGGGGAGAGGAUGUGAGGGAAGAAGGGGAAGGAGGGUAAGGAGGGUAAGGAGGGUAAGGGAGGUAAGGAGGGUAAGGGGCCGCCUCGCAUCUGUGAAUGAAUCCUUACGUCGGAA